GCCGCCCGGCUCCCCAACCCGCCCGCAGCGGCUUCCAUUCUUCACCGGCAGUCCGGGAGUCCGAGAAGAAGGGCGGCAAUGACGCCACCCCGUCGGCCGGCAGCUAUGCGCGGACCGACGAGUCCAUCACCGUCGAGUACCCGCCGGACAACGAGCUGCCCAGCAGCGUGCCUGUCGAGGGCGCCGGCCGGGCCGGCGUGAACGUGCUGCCGACUCUGGCGGCGUUCUCGCUCGAGGGCACUGUCAGUGUUGUCACCGGCGGCGCGAGAGGAUUGGGUCUGGUCAUGGGUCAGGGGAUAGUCAUCAGCGGUGGUGAGCUUGCGAUCGUGGACUUGAACAAGGAGGAAGCUACCAAGCAAGCGCAGUCCAUUCUCGAGACGUUCAAGAGGGACUACCCCAAGGCGAAGAAGUUCCCCAAAGUGACGGCACACUACGCAGACGUCUCGGACCAGGCAUCAGUUGAAGCCUGCAUCGCCGAGGUCAUCGCGGAGCACGGCAAGAUCGACAACCUGGUGACCUCGGCCGGCUUCACCGAGAACUUCGAGGCCACAGCCUACCCCAUCGACCGCAUGCGCAAGCUGUGGGCCGUCAACGUCGACGGCACGUACCUGUUCGCCACGGCGGUGGCCCGCCACGUGAUGGAGCGCAAGGCCAAGAAGUCUUCCAUGGUCUUCAUCGGCAGCAUGAGCGGGAGCAUUGUCAAUGUCCCGCAGCCGCAGGCGCCAUACAACAGCGCCAAGGCAGCGGUCCGGCACCUCGCGGCGUCGCUGGCCGUUGAGUGGGCGCACGCCGGGAUCCGUGUCAACUGCAUCUCGCCCGGCUACAUGCUUACCGCGCUAACGCAAAAGAUCCUCGACGACAACCCGGACCUGAAGCAGCAGUGGACGUCCCUGAUCCCGCAGGGCCAGAUGGGCCACCCGGAGGACCUGAUGGGCCCCGUGGCGUUCCUCCUGUCGGACGCGUCGAGAUACGUCACCGGCGCCGACCUGAGGGUCGACGGAGGCUACACCGUUACGUGAGCGCCGGCCCCCGGCUGACGCUGACUUCAGAAUCCCCCACCGGCCCCCUCCGUGGCGGGUCGGGGGGCCAAAGAGGGGGACACAUAUACCUUAUAUGGGGAUCGGAAAAUUCUGGGAGACGGCGCGGGGAGUAGCUGUGCGUGGGAAGCGCGUAGAUGGCUCGGUAUAUAUGCAAUUGCGAGACGCGCCGUCUCCUGAUUACGACGUGGCGUUGGAUGGGAGUAGGCGACGGCGACGGCGCGGCGGCGUGAAGGACGUACAUAGGGCGAUACACUUUGUAAUGUAAUAAUAAUGGGCGCUUUGUGUAACCCGCCGCACACACAACACACACAUACAACUGGUCUGCGCAAUU